AUGGAGGAGUUGGUUCCAGGCCAGGUCCAGAUUCAUCGAGUGCUGCUCAACGCGUUACCGCCGCAACCUGCUCGUGAAUGUCGUCUUCUUCGUGGAAAACAGGUUCUGAGUAAACAGAACAUUGAUGGAACUGAGGGGGAUACAGUGGCAUGCGUAGCUAUUGUAAGCACCUCCGUGAACUACGGAGUAGUGGUGCCUGAGGUUCCGCAGGAACUUCUUCCAUCUGCCUACUUCUUUAAAGAGCACCUUCUUGUCGAGAGGACGUUUGGAAACCCCUCCUCUUCGUGUCGUGUAACUUUCAUCUCGGAGGCUGAUAUAAAAGGGUUCUCGCAGGAAUGGUACACAAAUCACUGGGGUCACUAUCUCCUUCGUCGGCUGCUGGCUCUCCGUCACUCCUUUACUCAGCAAAAAGAGCCCCUCCAAAAUAUCUUGAACUCACAAUCCUGCAACUUUUCAUCUUCUGCCGACUCAGAAAACAAACUUUACACCUGA